UCCGCCAGACAUGAUGUGUGGCAUCUCCCUCGUUGAUAUCCUAUCCAUGGUUACACAAUAUCAUCAAGAGAUAAACUAAGUACCCAAAUCCUUGCGCCAAAAUUUCCAUAACGAACUUACACCUGCAUUGAAACACCCGUGAACACAUACCAUGGUUGAUACCACUAAAACGGUGCGUUUCGGCAUCUUAGGCUGCGCCGAAAUCCCUCGGAAAGUGGCUCGAGCCAUUGACCUCGCCCCCAACGCCACUCUCUGCACCCUGGCGAGCCGUUCCAAGGAGAAGGCGGAGAAGUUUGCCGCCGAGAACGGGUUUUCGGCAAGCGUGAAGAUUUACGGAAGCUAUGAUCGGCUGUUGGAGGAUCCAAGCGUGGAUGUCGUGUACGUACCUCUCCUCAUAAGUCUGCACGUGCGGUGGGUGUUUAUGGUUGCCGGUAGAAAGAAACACGUGCUGGUGGAGAAACCCGCGACUCUUGACGUGGCAGAGCUUGACCAGAUCCUGGCAGCGGUCGAAUCUAACGACGUGCAGUUCAUGGAUGGGAUCAUGUGGUUGCAUCACCCUAGAACUGCCCACAUUCAACAGUUGUGCUUUGUUCCAAGCUCUACUAAAAGGAUUGGACCAAUUCAUUCUAUCCACAGUACAACAACAAUGCCAGCAACACCUGAAUUUCUAGAGAGUAAUAUUAGGGUAAAGCCGGAGUUGGAUGGUCUUGGUGUACUUGGUGACUUGGCCUGGUACUGCAUUGGUGCUUCCUUGUGGGCAAAGGGCUACCAAUUACCAAUCACUGUCACUGCUCUUCCUGAUGUCAAAAGAAACAGUGCAGGAGUUAUCUUGUCUAGGACUGGGCAUAGUUCAAUAAACUAUACUGUAACUACAGUUAACCAUACUAUAGUAUACUUAAAAAUACUAAAUUUGUUUUAACUAAAAACUAAAUAAACUAUUCUACAGUACAGAUAGAAAAAACUGCACUUUACAGAGUUUGAGUACAGUUAACUAGAACCACAGACUUUUUUUUUAAUAAAAAAUUUCACAACCAUGAAACAUCCCUAAACAAACGUAGGACAGAAGCGCGUACUGGUUGUGACCUUUCUUGGCCUAAUCAACAUUGGGAUGAACAACAUUGGCCGCUAAGCCCAAAUCCCACCUUGCUUUCCUUAUCAAACCGAUUAAAAUCUUGGUAAAUCGAUGUGUCGCUCUAGAAGCAUCGUGCAGCAAUAAAUCGAACACCUUAACAGUUAACAAAACAUCAGAAGAGGGUGUGUGCCGUUCCUUUGAUCUGAGCUUCGGUUAACGCCGACGCCUUUUCGGGCUCGGGAGAUUUGGGGGCCGGAGGAGUGAUAUGCGGCGGGGGGGUUCGAGAUUCCAGCGGGGAUUGUAAAGGUGGAGAUCACGGCGGCGGAUUUUGAGAUUCUGGCGGGGAUUGUGGAAGCGGAGAGCGCGGCAGCAGAGAAAAAUUGUGGGAGGGAUCGGGGUCGGGCUUGAUGACGACGACUUUUUGGUCAGGGAUGAUCUCUUCGGUGUGGAGUCAAGGAGAGAGAAACCGUCGAUGUCGUCAAGGGGAGAAGCGUUUUCGUCGGAGAAGAAUUCAAAGGUUUUGGUCUUGAAAGCGAGGGCGAAUUUCUGGAACAUUUUUUAGCGCGGCGGGUGUUCGAUUUCUUUGAUGAAUCCACAGUCGCAGUCGAGACAGACCAUGGAUGUUAAGAUUCAAGUUUAAUUUCUUAGUUGUUACCAGGUAGUAUUUUCUGUACCAGUUUACUGAAUUGUAUUAAUGUAUUCGAACUAAAAUCUAGUUCGGUUCAAUCUUUUUGAACUAUUUUUUAGUUCAGUUCACUUGAACUAUUUUAUAAUUAAUUACAAUUAUUUAAAGUACAGUAAA